AUGUACCUCACACUGUACCACCUUGUCACCCGCCUCCCUGACUCCCUUCGCACUGUCAGGGACCAGUUUCUCGCUCUCUCCCCCACUGACCUCACUGUCGACCUCCUCGAGAAGGAACUCCUAGCAGCUGAGAAGAGCAUUGUAGCUGUAGGUGCCUCUCGUGGUGACCCCUGCACCCCCUUCUUUGAGGGGUGCUCCCCCUCCCCCCUCCUCCCCUCCAUUGCAUCUGCUGCUGCUGUCGACUACCUCGGAGCUGAGGGAAUCGGAGCCGCGUCUACUCCUAGUGGGAGGCGCAAGGGCGGCAGGGGCAAGGGGGGCCGGGGUGGUGGAGGUGGAGGCGGGGGCGGCGGCGGUGGAGAGGGUGGGGGGGGCGGGGGUGGUGGCGGGAGUGGGAGUGGCGCGGGUGGUGGGGGGAUCAGUGGCGGCACAGGGGGUGGUGGCGGCGGCGGCGGUGUUGCGGGAGGUGGGGGCGGUGGUGGCAGUGGUGUUGGCGGUGGAGCGGGUGGCGGGCGCGGUGGAACGGUGCAGCGUGGGGGAUUCGGCGGUGGCCAGAGGCAGCCGCAGCAGCGUCCUGGCGAGACUCCCUCGCCCCAGCAGCUCCGUGAGUGGUACUCUCAGCGUGGGGGGUCUGGGGGUGGGGGUCCCUGCCCGUACGUCAUCCGCACAGGUGACCGCGCUGGCUUGACUUGUGGGAGGUUCCACACGGCGCAGCGCUGUUUCUUUCGCCUCGACGACGCCUGGCGCGAGCAGUUCCCUGACGCCUCUGAGCUGCCUCGCUGGGCUGAUCUGCUUAGGAAGGGGAUUGAUGUCUUUGCUCUUGAUUAUGAUGCUAUCCUUGCUGCCAUGUAUGCAUUGACUAUUAGUGCUGAGGGUGACUGUUACCUGAGUGUGCCGCCCGACCCAGGUAUUGGUACUGGUAAGGCUGCUGCGCUAGGUGCUCGUGCGUCUGCGUCUGCUGGUACUGGGUCUACUGCGGCACUGCACACUUUCACACUGGACUCAGGUGCUUCCCGCUGUUUCUUUCGUGACCGCACUGUCCUUGAGCCACUAGCUCGGCCUGUUGCUGUCUCCCUUGCUGACCCCUCUGGGGGCCCGGUCCUUGCGACCUCCUCCACUGUCCUCCCUUGUCCUGCGGCCCCGUCUGGCACUCUGUCGGGUCUCUACCUCCCCUCGUUCUCUACGAACUUGGUGGCGGGCUCUGCUCUCCAGGACGGGGGUGUUCACCAGUUCACCCCUGCCUAUGAGCGGGUGACCCACUGUACGUGUGCUCGGACGGGUCGCCACCUGGCUACCUUCACUCGGCAGCCGGGGUCCGACCUGUACACACUGACCACUGAGUCCCCUCAGGUAGCUGCGUCUGCGUCUGCGUCAGGUCAGCUGUCGGCUCCCUGCUCGUGUCGCUCCCUGUCGCACCAGACCGUCCUCUGGCACCACCGCCUUGGUCACCCCUCCGUGCAGCGCCUUCGUGGCAUGCACUCCCGGUACCUUGUCUCUGGUCUUCCCAGGGUUCUACCUCCCCUCCCACCCUCGCCUGCUCCUCCCUGUCUUCCUUGUGUCGAGGGGCGGCAGCGCGCCACCCCUCACUCCUCCUCGUUCCCUCCCACAGAGGCUCCCCUGCAGACUCUUCACCUGGACGUGUGGGGCCCGGCCCGCGUCCGGGGACAGGGCCACGAGCGGUACUUCCUGCUGGUCGUCGACGACUACACGCGCUACACCACGGUCUUCCCCUUGCGCACCAAGGGUGAGGUCCCUGAUGUUUUGAUCCCUUGGAUCCGCGCCGCUCGUCUCCAGCUCCGCCAGCGGUUCCAGUCGGACUUUCCCGUCUUGCGUCUGCACUCUGACAGGGGUGGUGAGUUUUCCUCCGCCCUCCUGGCUGCCUACUGUGCGGAGCACGGCAUCCGCCAGACCUUCACGCUUCUGGACUCCCCACAGCAGAAUGGGGUUGCUGAGCGCCGCAUUGGUUUAGUCAUGGAGGUCGCUCGUACCUCCAUGAUCCAUGCGGCUGCCCCCCAUUUCCUGUGGCCGUUUGCAGUGCGGUACGCUGCGCAUCAGCUCAACCUUUGGCCCCGUGUCUCUGCUCCGGAGACCUCGCCCACACUGCGUUGGACGGGGGAGGUUGGCGAUGCGUCGGUGUUCCGUGUCUGGGGAUGCCGAGCCCUUGUUCGCGAUACGUCCGCGGACAAGCUCUCCUCCCGUGCCGUUCCCUGCGUCUUCCUUGGCUUUGUCCCCGACGCGCCUGGCUGGCAGUUUUACCACCCCACCUCGCGCCGUGUCUUUGCCUCUCAGGACGUCACCUUUGACGAGUCGGUACCCUUUUACCGUCUCUUCCCCUAUCGCACUGCCCCCCUCCCUCCCCCGCCGCUUUUCCUCGCUCCAGGUCCCCCUCCGCUAGACCCCCUUCCCCCUCAGGGUCCUGCUCCCUCAGGUGUCUCUCAGGUAGACCCUCCUCCCGUCGCUGAGCCUGUCGAGGUCACAGGUGACUCAGGUGCUGCUGCGGGUGGUACUGCUGGGGGUGCUGAGCCUGGGGGUGCUGAGCCUUGGGGUGCUGAGCCUGGGGGUGCGGAGACUGGGGGUGCUGACACUGGGGGUGCUGAGCCUUGGGGUACUGGGGCUGGGGGUGCUGAGCCUGGGGGUGCUGGGUCUGGGGGUGCUAAGCCUGGGGUUGCUGAGCCUGGGUUUGCUGGGCCUGGGGGUGCUGAGCGCUGCUGGAGCCGCCUUCGUACGCGUGUGCCUCUCACCUCCCAGCAGCUGCGCGACUGGUACGGUCGCCGUCAGCGUCGCGCUCCUGUAGCUCGGGACUCUGCUCCUGGCGGUACUUCCACUGACGUCACUGGAGCUGAGAAAGGUGCUGGUUUGUUGUCUCCUGGGGGUGCCCACGUCGCUGGUCCCGGAGGUGCUCGUACCGCUGGUACUCGAGCUGCUGGGGCUGGUGGUGCUGUGUCUGAGGGUACUCCUACUGGGGACGAUGCGACUGGGGGUGCUGGUUCUGGAGGCGCUGCUGCUGGUGGAGACUGUCCUGGAGGAGUUGCCGCUGGGGGUGGUGGAGCUACUGGAGGUACGGGAGAUGCUGUAGGUGCUGGAGCUGCUGGUGCUGGUGACACUACCCAUCUUCCGUCUUCUACCGGUCUUCCCCUCCUGCCUGACUCACCGCUUCCUGCUCCUUCUCCUUACACUGAGCAGUCAGGGGGCCUUACUGAGCGUCGUGAGCCUGCGUCGCGUCCUGUCUCGCCAGUUCGCUCUGGUCACACCGUUCGUCGUGUUCCGCGUUCGGGGUCACCGACUAUCCCCGGCACGCACCUUGUCGUCCGUCGUCCUUCCUCUGUUCCACAGUCUGUUCCUCUGCCGUCCCCUCCUGCGUCGUCUUUGCCUCACGUUCCGGACCCUGAGUCUGACCGGUUUCGUGCUGAGCACCCUACUGUCACGCAUCUGCUAGCCACUGUUGUCACUGACCCCUCGUUUGAGUCUUCUGCUGCGUCUGCCUUGGUCGCUGAGCUUGUUGACUUUGCUGCUGCUUGUCGUCUAGACUACACUGCUAGCCUUGUUGCUGAGUCUGAGUCUGUCUGUCCUCCGUCCGUCGGGGGUGAGUGUGCUCUUGGCAUGGACGUCCUUGAGGACAGGCACAAGGACCUUGAGUGUCUUGCAGCCGCUGCGCCUCAUCUCGUGGCCAUGCUGCUUGCCCCUGAGGGAGACCCGGAUGCUAUAGACAUCCCUACCCCGCGAUCUUACGCUGAGGCGAUCGCGGGUCCCUACUCCUCUCAGUGGCAGGCAGCCAUGGACGCAAAGAUGGCAUCCUGGAAGUCCACUGGCACUUACGUUGAUGACGUUCCCCCUCCUGGGGCGAACAUCGUCAGUGGCAUGUGGAUUUUCAUGGUGAAGCGGCCGCCGGGUUCUCCGCCUGUCUUCAAGGCUCGUUACGUUGCCCGAGGCUUCAGUCAGCGAGAGGGGGUCGACUUCUUCCAGACCUUCUCCCCCACCCCGAAGAUGACCACUCUUCGGGUACUGCUGCACGUUGCCGCUCAGCGUGACUACGAGCUUCACUCUCUUGACUUCAGCACAGCUUUCUUGCAGGGCAGCCUGCACGAGGAGAUCUGGCUGCGCCGCCCUCCUGGCUUCACUGGGUCGUUUCCUCCUGGUACCCAGUGGAGCCUCCGCCGGCCGGUCUACGGUCUCCGCCAGGCGCCACGUGAGUGGCACGACACACUGAGGACUACACUUGCGGCUCUUGGGUUCGCGCCUUCUACUGCUGACCCGUCGCUGUUUCUGCGCACCGACACUUCGCUGCCGCCGUUCUACAUCCUCGUGUACGACGACGACUUGGUCUUUGCCACUGCUGACACUGGGGCUCUCGCCCGCGUGAAGUCCGAACUGUAG